ACAGUCCCCUACCUGUAUCUGACCCUCACCCUAUCCAUCCAUAACAGAACUUUUUUUUAUCCUCAUCGUGGCACUAGAAUAAAAACUACCACUAUGGCCCGUACCAAGCAGACCGCACGCAAGUCCACUGGAGGAAAAGCUCCUCGCAAGCAGCUCGCCACCAAGGCUGCCCGCAAGUCCGCCCCCGCCACCGGAGGUGUCAAGAAGCCUCACCGUUACCGUCCCGGUACUGUCGCUCUUCGUGAAAUCCGUCGUUACCAAAAAUCGACCGAGCUCUUGAUCCGUAAGCUCCCCUUCCAACGUCUCGUCCGUGAGAUCGCUCAGGACUUCAAGACUGACCUUCGUUUCCAGUCCUCUGCUAUCGGUGCCCUUCAGGAGGCCUCCGAGGCCUACCUCGUCUCACUCUUUGAGGACACCAACUUGGCUGCCAUUCAUGCCAAGCGUGUCACCAUCCAACCCAAGGACAUCCACUUGGCCCGCAGACUCCGUGGCGAGCGCACUUAAAAAAGACGUACUACUCUGUACCCACAAAAUACAAUAAAAGCAGAAUGGAU